UCCCGGUUCCGGCCCCGCCCCGCCCGGUGCGGCCCCGCCCCGCGGCGGCGGCGGCGCGAGGAUGAGCGGGAGGCGGGUGGACGCCAAGGUGGUGCUGCUGGGGCAGGAGGGGGUGGGCAAGAGCAGCCUCGUGGAGCGCUGCGCCCACCGCCGCUUCCGWCCCGGGCCCUACCAGAACACGAUCGGAGCCGCCUUCGUGGCCAAGGUGAUGACCGUGGGGGACCAGACAGUGACCCUSGGCAUCUGGGACACGGCGGGYUCGGAGCGCUACGAGGCCAUGAGCCGCAUCUACUACCGGGGAGCCCGGGCUGCCAUCGUCUGCUAUGAUCUCACUGACAGUGGCAGUUACCAGCGAGCCAAGUUCUGGGUGAACGAGCUGCAGAACUGCGAGGAGGGCUGCCGGAUYUACCUGUGCGGCACCAAGAGCGACCUGCUGGAGGAGGACAGGAGGAAGCGGGGAGUUGACUUCCACGAUGUGCAGGACUAUGCUGAUGAGAUCAAAGCAGACCUCUUCGAGACCUCGAGUAAAACGGGCCAGAGUGUGGAYGAGCUGUUCCAAAAGGUGGCCGAGGACUACGUCAACUUCUCCGCCUUCCAGGUGAUGACAGAGGACAAGGCUGUCAACCUGGACCAGAGGAACAGUCCCUACUUCUACAGCUGCUGCCACCACUGAGCCCCUGUGCCAAAAGGGAAUUGCUGCUGCCAGUUGGGCAGCUGGCAUGCGCCGGACUCUUCCGGAUUUUUACCUGCUGUGUUUUAGCUGUUUGGGCCUGUCCACGGCACAGCCUACGGACUGCUCUCCUGGCACACGGAGCGGCACAGGGCUGCCGUGCAGUGCYGGGAAUCCAUGGACUGUCACCCGUGGGGCCACCUCCCUGCCACCUGUGGUGUUUGUGGGAGCUGUGGUGGCCCAGCGGUGGCCGGUAACUUAUUCUCUUGGAGAUGCUUGAUUCUUUGCAGAUUUAYUUAAGCGUCUUCUCUUGAGGUGUACAAUGUAUGUAAAUAAAAUGCAUUGUGGUCUGAGUCA